AUGAGCAACGGCAAUCCUGCAAAUGGCGACAACGGCACCAGCUGUACUACCAGUACAUGGAGUCAUCAUAUCCAAAACCAGAAGCAGCAGCAACAGCAGCAGAACCAUGCCCAACUUGCUUCAGCUGCAACCGCCACUGCAGCAGCACCACCGACAAACUACACGUCAGAGCAGUAUGCUGCUUACACCCAAUGGUACUACCAAACGUAUGGAACACCCCAGCAGCAGCAACAACAGCAACAACAGCCGCACCAAUAUGCCAUGCCCCCUGCCUCACCUACCUCACCACUCAAUAAUCAACACGCGUAUGCCCCAGCAUCUGACAGCACCGCAUAUUCUUAUUCCGCGCAAAAUGGCCAGUAUCAGCAACCUUCGUAUCUGCCCAACUCCCAGCGCCCGCCGCCGCCACUGCCCACGGCUCAGGCCAGCACUGACAGCCAGUAUUCUCGGCAGGCCCUUGUCCCUCCUUCCCUGCCCACCAAUCUGCAUAUCACGCGGGCAAGAUCGCCAUCGCUCACAAGAGACAUGACUCAGGGAGUAUCAGGCAUUUCACUGUACCAAAAUGGCCAUGCAGACAAGCAGCCUUUGUACACCGCGGUCAAGGUUAGCAAGAAGUCGAAGCAGGGCCGCCACGACCCGAUGUUUGGCAAGCACGCACAUAAGGUAGUAAUCAGCCCCACUAUGUCAGACCCCAUGUGGCCAGAACCGCUGAGAAAAUUUGUCAAGCGCUCGUAUGACGCGUGCUCGGAGAAAGCGAGACGCAAGCUAGAAUCCCAGCUGACGCAGAUUGUUACGUCAGCUAUGAACAACAAGAAGCUGAAUGACAUCGACUGGGACAGCCGUGCACUCCCCAAGGCUUGCGAUAGACCCCAUCCACUCACACGCAAGCCACAGCAGCAGCAACACCAACACACACCAACCCCAUCCAAAGCAGCCCCUGUAUCAAAUAGCUCGUAUGAUUCAGAAGAGAAGAAAAGGGAGCGGCUGAGACGGUUCCAGCAAGAAGCGGCAGCAGCACAUCCGGACGACAACACAGAUGGCAGUACGCUGCAUGCCCACACCCCUGGAGAUGAGGCCAGCAGUUCAGGCGCUAUUGUUGGAACGUGUGCGUCCACUAUCGGUACUGCGGCAGACACUGAAGCUGCUGAUGAAGAAGUGGAAGGAGGAGAGCAACUAUACGUACAUUUGCGACCAGUUUCAAAUCGAUGCGGACAGGAUCUGACGGUGCAGCACAUCGCGAACGAGUUUACGGUCGAGGUCUACGAGAUGCAUGCACGCAUUGCACUCGAGACCAAAGACCUGGGUGAGUACAAUCAGUGCCAGACACAGCUCAAGCAGCUGUACAGCCAGGGCCAGCCCGGCCACGCCCUGGAAUUUCUUGCUUAUAGGAUUCUCUACUACGUGUACACGCGGAACAAGUCGGCGCUCAACGAAGCAUUGGCGACGAUGACGGAGAAGGAGAGGUUCAGCUCUGAGCCUGGGCCUCCUGGCAACUACCACCGCUUCUUUGAGCUGUACCAGAUUGCACCCAACAUGGGCGUAUUCCUUAUGGACCACUUUGCAGACCGUGAGAGAUGCGCCGCACUGCGCACCAUGUGCAAGGCAUACCGGCCUACAAUCAGGGUUUCGUUUGUCACUCACGAACUGGCCUUCAGCAGCACGAGAAAAUGCCUAAAGUUCCUGGUCGAGCACAGCAUCCCUAUCGUAGAUACUACCGAUGGCGAAAAGGCCAUUGAUGGCAAAGCAGCCCUCCCGAUCGCCAAUGCCUCCAUGCAAAAAUUCGAAAAGGUUGACAUCAAGGGCCAGAUCUAUUGA